CCCUCUUUUCCAGAAACACGUGGAGCUAGCUGGUGAAGAAAGUGAUCAUAAAGUUAAAAAUAUCUUCUGUAAAACUAUACUCUAUUAGACUAAAGCCAAGAUGUCGAAAUGGAUGAAAGCGAAGAAAUCCAUGAGAAAGGCUUACAAGGAGAGAGGUCAGUUGACUGAGCGUAGCCACCUUGGACUGCUAGAGAAACACAAGGACUAUGUUCUGAGGGCGAGGGACUAUCACAGGAAGCAGGCCAGGCUUAAGAUCAUGCACGAGAAGGCAAGAAAUCGAAAUCCCGAUGAAUUCUACUACAAAAUGGUCAACACUCAACUCAAGAAUGGACGACAUAUCGUCUCUCAGCCUGAGGAGAACUACACACAAGAAGAACUUGCUCUCAUGAAAACACAGGACGUCAAAUAUCUGGACAUGAAGUUGAGCAUGGAAGCUAAAAAGAUUGAGAGGUUGAAGAGCAGUCUUCACUUGCCAAAAGAUGGGCCAGGGCCUUCCAACAGUCACACAAUAUUUGUUGACUCUCUCGACGAAGUUUCUAAAUUUGACACUGCAAAGCAUUUCAACACUACUCCCAAGAUGGCCUCCCGUGCGUACAACAGACUUACCACUGAGCAGUUGUCGAAAGGUGAUGGGAUAGAGUCAAAGAUCAGCACUGUAAACCAUGAGAGUGCCUCCCAGUACAAGGAGCUGAAGAGUAGAAUACAGAGACACAAACAACUGAAGGUUGUCACACAAAAGAUGAAGACUAAGAAAGAUUUAACGGGUAAAGGUCAUCGAAUCAAGAUGCCAGCUGAUGGAGUUAACCCACCAACGUACAGAUGGAAGAAAGAGAGACAAAAGUAGCUAGUAACAUGUUCCCAUGAAAUAUCUAUCAAUUUUUGCAAUUAAAUUUUAAUUAAAAUUUGUGCGCUAUAAUUAAACAAUUUUGACGGUUUUGAUUAAUUUAACUUUUGUUUAUCUCAUCUUGAAACAUUGCCAGCACACUUUUAUAUUAUUGUCCAUUUAAAAUUGUUCACAUCAAUGGUG